AUGGAGGCCCGGUCGGCGAGCAGAUCUUCUGCCCACCAGGCCCAAGCCAAACAGCCUGCUUGCCUGAACUGCCGGCGGAGCAAGAUCCGGUGCAACCGUCCGGCCGGCGGCGCACGCUGCGAGAAGUGCCGGCAAGGAAAUGUCGACUGCAUCGUACCCAGCCAUCAUCUGGGGCGGCAGAAAGGGGUGAAGAAUAAGCGCAAGGGCCUGGAGAAGGCUAUACACCAGAUCGAGCAGGCCAUCCAGAGGCCCAAGGUUGACUCGUCUAGUCCGGAUGACGCUCAAAAGGCCAUAUCAGGGCUCCAGGGGUUGUUGACUCGGUUUCAGCGCCAGCUGCAAGGUGAAGCGGAUGCUUUCGCAGAGGGCUCUGACCGCGUGCGGGAUACGCCGUCUCCGCGCGAAACGACUGCAGAUGAGAGCCUUGCUUUAGAUGAUGCGGAGAAUCCUCUGCAGCUUCUUGCACGAGCUUCGGAUUUGCAAUUACCUCCGACGGGGGCCCGGCAUGUUCAGAAGGCGCCGAUGCUCCCGUCUGCCGCACCGUCUGCGCUGAUACAGGAUAGCAGUGACUCAGGCGAGUUGAGCGCGAAGUCAUUCUUCGUACCUGCACACGCGAACUUGGAUGUUGGGCCGGACUUGGAUCCGGUAGAGUUGGGACUUGUUACGUUCAAUGAGUCCGAGUCGUUGUUUUCUUUCUUCUACCAGAAUCUUGCACAUACACGAUGGGGACUGGAUCCCCUGGUACAUACCGCAUCUUUUGUGCGCUCCCAGUCAGCGUUUUUGUUCACCUCGAUCAUGUCCGGAGCAGCUCUCUUCUUACCGUCCGCUGCUGCGCUGUCCAAGAGAUUAUCAAGACACUGCAAGUGGCUUGCGAAGCGCGUUAUGACGCAUCGCUAUCGGUCGGUUGAAAUUGUCUUGGCGUUUAUGGUGAAUAUCCCCUGGAUGGCGCCGGGAGAGCGACUCGGCGAUGAUGAUACGUGUUCGUACAUUGCCAUGGCGCUUACGGUGGCAUUGGAUUUAUCUUUGAACAAAAUUGUCACGCCAUCGUCGAGCUUGCCGAAAGAUAUUCUGAACCGACUGGCUCGAGCUGACUGCAUAGAUGCCAAGAGAGCAUUGCACAUGGAUGGAUUUGAUGAUGUCGAUCCUAACUUCGAGUGGGGGCGUCGGUUAUUACGCAGACGGGAGCGAACUUGGAUUGCGCUGUUUGUAGUCGAGAGAGGCGUUUGUCUUGCUCGCGGAAGAAGCUAUACUGUGCCUCUGACGGCACUUAUCGAGAACUGCGACGCUUGGCAUAGAUCCGACAUUGCAGAUCGACGUGAUGGGCCGAUGAAUUCUAUGGCAGUUCUGCGCAGAGACCUCGAUGAACUUUUGAGAACGGUCAAGUCAAGCUGCGACAGCUAUCGCAUCGUUGAUACUGGAUCCGAAGCCGCCCAGGCCAUCAAGACAACCAUCGAGAGCUUCUACGAGCGCUGGUUUGCAACAUGGGCAUUCGCAAUCAGCGAGGGAGGUGCAAGGUCUCUUCCACCGUAUGUUGAGAUUCUCGUGACGCACACUCAACUAUCCACCUACGGUGGCGUUAUCAACCACCCCACCGCACCUGUGGAAGUGAAGCGCUUCUUCCGAGCAGCCGGACUGUCAUCCGCCCUCAACGUUCUGCGAGCUGCUAUUCAAGGCGAAUCACGACUGAAAUCGAUGCCCAACAACACUGUUAUCAUGAUAUCCUUUGCCGCAUGCUCUGCACUCAGCCUUAGCGUGACACCAGGCGACAGCCACUCAAGCCUGGCACCUAGCGUGCGAAAUUUGAUCGAGGAAACCGCUGGAGUCCUCGAACGAAUUGGCGCGACCCCAUAUCACCGCAACGGCGCAUCCGUAUUAUACGGGCGGUUCCUACGCGAACUCAUCCGUCGUGCACCAGACAUACCCAUACAUAUGCCCAAUUCCCACCCACACGGCGACGCCCGACAACUUGAUCUGCAUGACCCUGUGAUCCCGGCUACAUGCCUAAGUGACCAGGCCCCCUCGCUGACGGCGACACAGCCUGCCCUCCCACCGGGGGAUCUGUGGUCAGAGCCGAUGCAGUUCUCAGCAAUGUCAGAUGACCAAAUUAUUGACGCGGUUAAUCGGGCUGGCAGCGCGUUUGGAGCGUCUAUACCAGAUGUGCCGCUUGACGAUAUGCUCAGCUGGGACUGGUUUGAGUUUGCGAACCCCGAUUUCAGUUCGUAG